GCCGUUUGAUUUUCAAGGUCGGACGUAGUUUGACCCCUCGUCGCUCGCGCCUGCAGUCUAAGUAAGCGUCAGGUGUGGGGUAGGCGCGCUUGCACCCAGCAUCGGUCCAACGAGUUGUGCAACCCGGGCGGACAUUACGAUCGGCAGCCAUGGCUGACGGCAAAUACUUUAGCACCACCAAGAAAGGUGAAAUCCAUGAGCUGAAGACGGAGCUAAAUGCGGUAGACAAGAGCAAGAAGAAGGAUGCCGUCAAGAAGGUGAUUGCAGCCAUGACAGUCGGCAAAGACGUCUCGCCACUCUUCCCAGACGUGAUCAACCAGAUGCAGACUGAUGACAUGGAGCUGAAGAAGCUGGUCUACCUGUACCUCAUCAACUAUGCCAAGACGCAGCCAGACCUGGCCAUCAUGGCGGUCAACACUUUUGUGAAGGACUCCCAGGACCCCAAUCCCCUGAUCCGUGCUCUGGCUGUGCGCACCAUGGGGUGUAUCCGCGUCGACAAGAUCACCGAGUACCUCUGCGACCCACUGCACCGCUGCCUGAAGGACGAGGACCCAUAUGUGCGCAAGACGGCUGCGGUGUGCGUGGCGAAGCUGUACGACAUCAAUGCCGAACUGGUGGAGGACCGCGGCUUCCUGGACAUGCUCAAGGCAGGAUGGGGGACUGCUGCUGGUUGGGGACUGCUGCUGGACCUGAUUGGAGAUGCCAACCCCAUGGUGGUGGCCAAUGCGGUGGCAGCCCUGAGCGAGAUUCAGGAGCUGGGUGGCAAGCCGGUGCUGGAGCUCACCCUUGGCACCGUAUCCAAGCUGCUACGGGCGCUCAACGAGUGCACCGAGUGGGGCCAGGUGUUCAUCCUAGACUCUGUGGUUAACUACCUGCCUGCCGAUGGCAAGGAUGCCGAGGCGGUGGUGGAGCGUGUGCUGCCGCGUCUGCAGCAUGCCAACUCUGCUGUUGUGCUGUCUGCCAUCAAGGUCAUCCUAAAAAACUUGCAGUACAUCAAUGACGAGACCGUGCGUGCCGCGCUAUCACGCAAGCUUGCGCCGCCGCUGGUCACGCUUCUGGGCGCGGAGCCGGAGCUGCAGUACGUGGCGCUGCGCAACAUUGGCCUCAUUAUCCAGGGCCAGCCAUCGGUGCUGGCCAACGAUGUCAAGGUCUUCUUCUGCAAGUACAACGAUCCCAGCUAUGUCAAGAUGGAGAAGUUGGACAUCAUGAUGAAGCUGAUCAACGAGCAGAACAUUGACCAGGUCCUCCUUGAGUUCAAGGAGUAUGCCACUGAGGUGGACGUGGACUUUGUGCGCAAGGCGGUGCGUGCAAUUGGCUACUGCGCCAUCUCCAUCCAGUCGGCGGCGGAGCGGUGCAUCAACGUGCUGCUUGAGCUGAUUGGCACGAAGGUCAACUACGUAGUGCAGGAGUCGAUUGUCGUCAUUAAAGACAUCUUCAGGCGCUACCCCAACCGUUACGAGAGCAUCAUUGGGACAUUAUGUGACAGUUUGGAGAGCUUAGAUGAGCCGGAGGCCAAGGCCAGCAUGGUGUGGAUCAUUGGCGAGUAUGCAGAGCGCAUCGACAACGCGGAUGAGCUGCUGGAACAGUUUCUGGAGUCGUUCCCCGAGGAGACAGCGGCAGUGCAGCUGGCACUAAUGACUGCCACUGUCAAACUGUUCCUGAAAAAGCCGGUGGAGAAGCCGCAGCAGCUGAUUCAGCUGGUGCUGACCUAUGCCACCCAAGAGACUGAUAACCCAGAUCUUCGUGAUCGCGCGUACAUCUACUGGCGGCUUCUGUCCACUGACCCGGAGGCGGCGAAGGACGUGGUACUUGCCGAGAAGCCCACCAUCAGCGGUGCGCACGAUGGCACUGAGCCUGCCCUCCUGAACGAGCUGUUGGGAGAGCUGGGCAGCCUGGCCAGCGUGUACCACAAGCCCGCCAGCUCCUUUGUGUCCAAGAUGCGCCUGGCAGUGCACCGAGCAGACGAUCUGGCAGCUGCAGCGGCACGCGGCUCGCACAGCGGAGAUUCGGAAACGCUGACCUCGGCAGUUGUGGCAGAGUCGCCGCUGGCUGGGCUGGGGGCCUCUGCCGCCCUCACGCCCACGCCCCCUGUGCCCGACCUGUUGGGCGACCUGCUGGACCUAGAUGUGCCCGCCCCUGCACCAGCAGCAGCAGCAGCAGCAGCGCCGCCAGAUGCCCCCAACCUGCCAAUGGUGUUUGGGGAAGACAAGGGCAAGGGGGUGGUGCUGUGCGCGGCACUCAGCCAGCAGGCCGAGGGAUACGUGUACCAGCUGUCAGUGUCCAACGUGGCUGUCGGGGCGCCGCUGAACGGCUUCAUGAUCCAAUUGAACAAGAAUGCGCUCGGGCUGGCGCCGGCCUCCCAGCAUGUAGCGCUGGAUGCAGUGCCACCCGGCGCCACCGCCACCGCGCGCGUGCCGAUGGUGCACAACCCAGCGUUAGCCGCCCCCGAACAGGGGCAGCUGCUGCAGGUGGCCAUCAAGUGCAACCCGUUGGGCGUGCUGUACUUUAACGAUUCCAUCCCGGCGCAGCUGCUGGCACCGCCGCCGCCUGCCGCAGCGCAGGGGGCCUUCUUCUUUUGAGACUGUACGAACAAUGCCUGCUCUGACUCCUCCUUUGCACUCUGGACGAGCUGGACUCUUCAGAUCUCUGUAAGAGACAGAAUGGC